GAGGUGUCUCCCUAGCUCUCUGCCUCUGGCAAGUGGAGUUUUUAAAAAGCUCGAGCAGACCAUGUCAUGACGACUUCGCUGCUCCUGCAUCCGCGCUGGCCGGAGAGCCUUAUGUACGUCUAUGAGGACAGCGCGGCGGAGAGCGGCAGCGGCGGCGGCGGCGGCGGCGCAGGCGGCGCGGGGGGCGGCUGCAGCGGAGCGAGCCCCGGCAAAGCCCCGAGCAUGGACGGCCUGGGCAGCAGCUGCCCGGCCAGCCACUGCCGCGACCUGCUUCCGCACCCCGUGCUGGGUCGCCCGCCGGCUCCCCUGGGCGCUCCGCAGGGCGCCGUCUACACGGACAUCCCGGCCCCGGAGGCAGCGCGCCAGUGCGCCCCUCCGCCGGCGCCCCCCACCUCGUCCAGCGCCACCCUGGGCUACGGCUACCCGUUCGGGGGCAGCUACUACGGCUGCCGCCUGUCACACAACGUGAACCUGCAGCAGAAGCCUUGCGCCUACCACCCGGGCGACAAGUACCCGGAGCCGUCGGGCGCCCUGCCGGGUGAUGACCUGUCUUCUCGGGCCAAGGAGUUCGCCUUCUACCCCAGCUUCGCUAGCUCCUACCAGGCGAUGCCCGGCUACCUGGACGUGUCGGUGGUGCCCGGGAUCAGCGGGCACCCGGAGCCGCGUCACGACGCGCUCAUCCCGGUCGAAGGCUACCAGCACUGGGCUCUCUCCAAUGGCUGGGACAGUCAGGUGUACUGCUCCAAAGAGCAGUCGCAGUCCGCCCACCUCUGGAAGUCUCCCUUCCCAGACGUGGUUCCCCUGCAGCCCGAGGUGAGCAGCUACCGGCGUGGGCGCAAGAAGCGCGUGCCCUACACCAAGGUGCAGCUGAAGGAGCUGGAGAAAGAGUACGCAGCCAGCAAGUUCAUCACCAAAGAGAAGCGCCGGCGCAUCUCAGCCACCACGAACCUCUCCGAGCGCCAGGUCACCAUCUGGUUCCAGAACCGCCGAGUCAAAGAGAAGAAGGUGGUCAGCAAAUCGAAAGCGCCGCACCUCCACUCCACCUGACCGCCCCCCGCCCCCCGCCGCCCGCCCCGCCUAUUUAUGUCGCCGCUUUGUACCGUGCCCGAGCCCACCGAAGGACGCUGCGCCGGUGCGGACGAGUAUUGAACGUUGACGAGAAAGAGGAACCGCGCCCACGGAAGGCCGAGAGGCCUCGCCUGCCUGCUCCGUAUCCCACCCCAGCCUCAACCCCAAGCCCGAGGAGCCCGCCAGGCCUCAGCGGCUUUGGACGCGGGUCGAGGUGGCUGUGGGAGGAGGCUUCUACUCGCCCUCGUCCGCCCCUAAGAAGGACGAGGACGGGGCGGCCGAGAGCCCAACCAUCGGAACCCAGGCAGGGCCAGGGCGCCCCAGAAGACCCCAUCGCCGGCCAGGCUGGUGGAUCGCCCUCCUCGGGCGUGCGGAGCCGCAGCACCCGGCGAGCCCCUGCCUUCCCGGCAGUUCCUCUUUCCCCUCUGUCUGUCCCGCACUCCUGAGGCACGAUUUCCCAUUGAGAUUUCUCUGUGCAUAUUUUACAAAUCGCGUUAUAUCGAUGAUCAUUCGUAGGCAUCCGGCCGCGGCUGAGUUAUAGACCCGCUCGGAGCUCGCCGCUGGGUUUUCUCUCUUUCGGGUCUGUGUCCACAGAAGCCCCGACCCUUGCAUUGCAACCAAGGAACAGCAUUUUCUCAGUCCCGGCCCUGCCCCCGCUGCCUCCCCGCGAUCCGCCGCCGGCGGCUCGGUCAUCGCGUGGAAAUCCGGGGAGGAGGAAGACCGAGCGGCGCUGCUCGGUGCGCUCACCCCACCACCACCACCCCUGAGCUUGGGGGCCGGGCUAGGCAAACAGCAGAACUUCUUCCUAAGGGCAAACUUCUCUUCCAAGGGGAUGGAGAGUGGGUCCCGCCCCCAACCCCGCAGAGUUCCUCUCCACCUCCCUACAUCCAGGCCGUGGCUCGCGGAAGAGGCCUCACGCUUUCACUUUGAGUGACAUCCCUAGGAAAUCAGUAGAGGAGCAGCAGCCCAGGAGGCAAGUAGAACUGGAGCCCGAUCAGCCACACGCUGCUUUCCUCCUCCAAGGCCAGCUUGGUGUCCUAGGGGCCCCUUCACCUCCUCCCUUCCCACUGGCCCAUUACAAAACAGUGUUCUCUUGAAAUGUCCAUCAGAAACAGGCUCUUUUUUUAAAAAGAAAAAAUGUUGUGUAUCUGUAUAUAGUAUUGUGAUGUCUGAAUGACAAUGUACUGAAUGCAAAAAAAAUCCACAAACCUGUUUUUAAAAUAAAAUCUUUUUUUUUUUUUUUUUGCCAUGAUUUUAUUGUUCAGGUUCCUUCUGAAACCAGUUCUGCCACUGGCUCUUCAGGGCCAUCUCUGAUGCCUGGUGCCCCUAUACAGCCAAAGAGGCAGGGAGCAGAGGGCACACAGCACCCCCACUUAGGCUGAUCCCAAACCCCUACUUGGCUCCGCUUGAGUUCUUUGAGUUAUAGGUGCAGUCUUUACCAUUGAGGCAGGAGAAAAGCUCUUCCUAUGCUAAUACCCAGUUUAGCUGCACGUCUGUCCAGGAAGUGAAACGUUGAUUGGCAAGUGACUGCCCGGAGACAGGUGAGUGACUAAAGCCCAUUGCUUGUCACUGCAGUUAAUAGUUGAGGCUCAGCUCUGGCUCUGGGUGCUCAGAGGGUGCUGUGCUAACUAGAAGCUGGGGGUGGGGAGGUAGUAGUAGCAGAGUGGUGGGAGGCUCCUGAGGCCCUUACUGCCCCCCAGGCUCCCAAACCCCUGCAGCCAGUCUGGGCUAGGGUUGGGGUUGGUGCAGGUCUGCCCAGCCUGCCUAGCUCAGCAGAACUCUUUUCUUCCCACUAACCUAGGCCAAUGGGCGGGGCUGCUGGGAGUCCUUGGGCCCCCAGUUUGCCAAGCCAACCUCACUUUUACUCUCUAGCCUUCCUGGGAGCCCAUGUAGACACUGCCACUAAUUUGUUUUCCUUGUCGCGUCUGUGCCUAUCUCCCUAUCUGGCAGAGUUAAUGAGAUCGUUAAGUUGUCAGGUUAAGAGACUUUUAAAAAGCAAUAUAGCCUAAAACAAUGUUAUCUCAGAUUAAAUCUUUACUGCAGCAAUUUUUAUUUAUAUAUAAUAUUUUUCCUCUCCCAAGGCCCAGAAAAACUGGAGGCAUCAGGUUGGAAAUCAGAGUUCUCCAUUCUCCCU